AUGAGGCACAUGAUCAUUCCGCUGAUCAAAGUCCUUCAACAGAACCAGCAAGACCAUCAGCAGGUGAACGAGCCCCAACCCAGGAUGGCUUCACCUUCGCCACCACCGCUAACCCACCCCAACAACCUCUCAAUGGACUCUUAUCAUAGCGCAGCCCCCGAAAACGAGCGUCGAACGGCAGAGAGCAAUCAUGCUGGAGACAGCCCAGCAGCCGAAAGAGCUACUUUAAAUAGCCAGCCCCCAUCACCAUCAUCCUCAUCCUCACCACCUUCAUCUGGAUCACCAGAAACUCGAGCGGGCAAUGCUGACGAAGAUCGACCUGGGGACGCUGGACAUCGAACUCAUCCCCGUCCCACUCCGAGGUCACCUCGGGUGAACCUUGAGGAAUCCCACCCCUUACGCCAAUUCAUCAACAUUCUCAACUCGCUCAACCAGACCGAUAGCUCGAUGGGUCGGAACGGCGGCAUGAAUGGGUUUGUCUUCAACGGGCCCACCGGAGGCUUCGGCUUUACUACCCAGCUCGACAUCGAUCAUAAUGGCCCCUUCGGCCAGAACUUGGGCGAUUAUGUGGCCAGUGACUCGGCCAUGCAGGAUAUCUUGAAUCAGUUGAUCAAUAUGACGGGCGCUAAUGGCGGCCAUAAUCCUAUCCCCGCUUCUGACUCUACUAUCAAAUCAUUGAGGAAAUUUAAAUUUGAUGCUUCUUGUGUUGGCCAGGAGGAUUCUAUCGAAUGUGCAAUCUGCAAAGAUACCUUUACGGUCGGUGAUUCAUGUAUGGAAUUGCCCUGUAAACAUUUCUUCCACGAUGAAGACUGCAUCGUCUUAUGGUUGAAGCAGAAUGGCUCUUGCCCGGUAUGUCGAUAUUCACUUGUCAAUACCAACGAUAGCAGCGAGGAUAAUGCGGAAGAGGGAGGUGGAGCAGAAGGGGAAAGAGGUGGUGGAGGAGGGGAUCGGAACGCUCCACAAUCUUCGACGGCAGCCGACGACUCUCAGUAUCGCCCUGAUCCUGCUGAUUGGCUCGACCCCGACCGUUGGUAUGACGAGGAACAUUACGAACCUCCGUUCGAUUACGAUUGAUCCCCCUCCUCUUCCCCGGUUCUCUCACU